GCCUCGAGAGCCAGAAGACCCCUGCUGUUAACCCCUGCCCUGAUGUCUUGGCUGCAGCUGACGUGAACGCCGAAACCCUGCAGGCAUUGGAAGCGACCCUCGGGAUCGUCCUCAAAACUCCGCGGCAGAAACCAUCACAGGAUGCAUCUCGUCGAAUAAAAACCCGCUCCAUGAUCGCACCUGCCAGCCCUGGCCAUGCGGUUCGAGCUCUUCGAUUUUCUGAUUUUCUGGUACAAGUAGACACCUUCCCGGGCGCGCACAGCCGCCCCGAUGCAACCAGCACUACCCCUCCUCCGGCAAGCUGCCCGCCCCUCCAUCUUCAACACUCUUCGGUCGCGUGCUCAGCUCCCUAGUCAGCUAUUGUCCGUCUCUAUCGCUAGACAACAUUACCAAUCACAGAAACAGCCCGUUCGCCUAACCUUACAAUCUACACGUACAAUGGCUAGCCGUUGUUCUUCUCCAGCCUCACCCUCCCAGGGGGACGGCUCCAAGCUCCGCGCCUCCUCGAUUCGCCUCUUCCAGAAAGUUUCCUCCUUCCGCCGCUGGCGCCGUCAGCACCUCCUCGACCAGCGGUCAGUCGCGCUCGUCCCAACAAUGGGCGCCCUGCACGAGGGCCACCUCUCCCUGAUCCGCACCGCCGCGCGCGAGAACCACCACGUCGUCGUCUCGGUCUACGUCAACCCGGCCCAGUUCGGCGUGAGCGAGGACCUCGACGCGUACCCGGUGACGUGGGAGGCCGACGUCGAGGCGCUAGUGAAGCUAGACCGGGAGCUCGCCGACGACGGCCACAACCUGGGCCGCAUCAGCGCCGUCUUCCGCCCGACCACCCCCGAGAUGUACCCCGCCGGCUUCCCCGGCCAGGAGGUCGCGAGCAAGGGGAGCUUCGUCACCAUCACCCCCGUGAGCGACGUGCUGGAGGGCAGGUCGCGCCCGACCUUCUUCCGCGGCGUGGCUACCGUUUGUAUGAAGCUGUUCAACAUCGUGCAGCCGGAGCGAGCGUAUUUUGGGCAAAAGGAUGCGCAGCAGACCGUGGUGAUCAAGAAUAUGGUCAGGGACUUCAUGCUUCCCACUGAGGUUGUUGUGGUCCCCACCGCCCGCGCCGAGGACGGGCUCGCGCUAAGCUCGAGGAACGUUUAUCUGGGCGAGAGGAGGAGGGCCGUGGCUACGGUGCUGUACGAGGGGCUUAAGGCGGCCGAGACUGCAUACAAUGACGGUGCUCGAAAUCGCGCUGCGGUCCUGGGCCAGGCGGAGGAGUAUAUUAAGAAGGUACAGGGGGCAGAGAUGGGGCUGGGACCGGAGCAAAGGGUGCGGUUCGAGGUUGACUACCUCUCUCUUGCCGACGUCAACACGAUGGAGGAGCUGGAAGUGAUCGACGGCGCGACGGGAGGCAUCCUCAGUGGUGCCGUGCGGAUGCUGCCCGUCGACGCCAGCCGGGAAGGUGAAGAUCUCGGCUACGGCCAGGGGCCACCCGUCCGGCUGAUCGACAACAUCAUCCUCCCUCCACGCGAUUGAUAGGGGGUUCUAUCCGGCGGUUUGCAAGGCAUAGUUUUUACAAUGCUCGGCGUAUUGGCUUUAUUUAUUUUAGCGUGUGGGUCAGCGAGCUCAUAGAGGUGUCUCCAGGUUCAGGGGCUGGCACUGGUGUGCCUGGCUUGUACAAAUACGAUUGGGAUAGAAUUUUAGAUAUGCCUUUACAAGUCCUUGGCGGGUAGCUCGGCUUGACAGGCAAACAUGACCAAUUCCAGUGCUUCCGAAC